CUCCACCCGGCCCCACCCCCUUUUCUACACCCACGUUCUAGCCACGACACCGCCGCCGUCCCCACUUCGACUCCGGACUCCAGCCGUCGUAGCCACCGCGUACCUUCCUCGGUCUCCCCCGCGUCCUGCACCGAACAAACCGACUCCAACAUGCCGGUCGAUCUCUCGGGAACAUGGAAGCUGGACAGCAGCGAAAACUUCGAGGAAUUCAUGAAGAAACUCGAGGUGAACAUGGCCCUUCGUAAGAUGGGUGCGCUGGCCAAGCCGACCACUGAGAUCACACAGACGGGCGACCAUUUCGUCAUCAAGACGUCCACCACCUUCAAGAACACCGCGGUGGAGUUCGACAUCGGGCAGGAAUUCGACGAGAAGACCGCAGACGACAAGGAAGUCAAGUCCGUUGCUACAUGGGACGGAGACAAGUUGGUGGUGACGCAGAAAAGAGGGCCCCCUAUCGGCGAUGUGCUGUACAUCAGGGAGCUGCAGGGGGACGACGCACUGCUGUUGACCUGUACCGCAGGUGACGUGGUUUGCAAGCGGCACUACAAGAAGGGCAAGUAAAGGGACCACCCGCCUUCUGGGCGACGAAAUGCUGCACAUCGAGCAACCAAGGCCUGGUCAUAUCACCAAGAGAGCAUUUUCUGUUUCACUGCCUGGGCACGCCACCUAGCGUCAUUUUCACUAACUGUAGGGCUAAAUUGAGUUGAAAUGGCAUGAAACGUGUUAUAUUUUAACAAUGUUUAAAAAAAACAAAUACUGUUUUGCAACUACCAAUCCGUAACAGUAGUAAGGGCCCACAUAGCUUUACAGCAACUUGCAUCUGCAAAACAUUGGCGAAUGAAAAUGUGUGCAAUUAUUGUUGUUGUUGCUUUUAAAGGAAACGUCACAUUCCCACGUAUGGAACGAAACUAGCAAUAUGUUAAAUAACUCGUAGUUACGUAGAUACACAAUGGAGUCAACCACAAAUUGCUUUUCAAACACCAUACAUUCCCAGCUAGAGCUGUCGUCAUGUGUUAAUUGUCAAUGUCCGUGCAUUAAAUUUUGCUUGUUUGGCGAUUUA